AAAUGAAUUAUGUAAAAUUUGAGGAUGAUAAAGAGAAUGGGAAUGUUAUAAGAGUGGAAUAGAUUUCAUCAAAGAUAGAUUUGGAGGAAAUGUAAUUGAUAAUAGAUUUGACAUAAUUAUAAGGAUUUAGCAUAUUUUAAUCCAUAUACGCAGUUCACUUUAAAGGAUUUAAAAGUUUAUAAGAAGCCGCGAUAUAUUUAUAGCAUGAUGAAAGUCAUGUAUAUGUUGAUUAAGGAAAGAAUGAAUGUGUAAUAUGCAAUAAGGGGAAGUAAUUUCAUAAUAGGUUUGAUGAGAAUAGUGAGAAAUAGUUUUAAAAAUUAAAAGAAAUAGUAGAGAGUUUGUAUAAAAAUUAAUAAUGCUGUGUUUGUUAUAUGAUGUAUAUGGAUAAUGAGUUUAUUCAUUUAAAUAAGAAGAAACACAUGAUUUGUUAAAACUGUUUUUAUAAUUACUUAAGAUAAUAGAUAGAGGAGAGUAGAGUAAAGAAUUUAAUAUGUCCACAUUGUGAUUUUGCGAUUAGGGACAUAGAUAUAUUGGAAUAAUCAGAAGAACUUUAUACAAAGUAUAUAAAGUGCCAUUAAAAUUUGGAGAUAGCAAUAAAUAAGAACAAGGCAUGGUGUCCAACAAUAAAUUGCAAUAAUGUGAUAGAAUUUAAAUAGGAUUAAAAGAUAUCUAGUUGUAAUUAUUGUAAAGUUGAAGUUUGUAAAGAGUGCAAAUAAAGAGCACAUCCUUUAUAAAGUUGUGAAGAUAAUUUAUAAUAAGUAUUAAAUGAAUGGUAAGAGAAUAGAGAUACACAAUAAUGUCCAAGAUGUAAAAUAAUAGUAGAGAAAAUAAAUGGUUGUAAUCAUAUGACUUGUUAAUUUUGUUAACAUGAAUGGUGUUGGAUUUGUGGAAGUGAUUAUACAUCAAUUCAUUAUGCAAUAUUCAAUCCUUUUGGUUGUCCUGCGUUAAUGCCAGGAUGGAUUAGAUAAAAAGAUUGGUCAUAUGUAAAAUUAAUAAUUUGGAGAUUUAUUUGUUUUAUAUUACUAAUAAUAUUGACUCCAAUAAUUGUGAUAGUAAUUGCUCCAAUCUUAUGCAUAGCCAAAUUAAUCUAAACAAGAUUUUAUAGACAUUAAACUUGUUGGAUUUAGGCAUGUUUAUUAACUCUCGCUUUUUUAUCAGGGAUUGCUCUUAUACCUAUAACGAUAGUUGUCUUUAUUGUUGGUAUUAUUAUUAAUGUUAUUAUUAGCACUCUUACCUACUAUUAUUGGAUUAAUUGUUUUUUAUUAUGAUGAAAGAAAGAGAUUAGAAUUUAGACAUUAGACUGCUUUAUCUAGACAUUUCUAAUAAAAUGCUUGA